UACAGCUGUCUGCAUGGAGACAUGACCUAACAAAUUCUGUAUCUUCAACUGAUUGUGGGAGAAGCAGACAAAACUCAGGCUGAAGAAGGAUGAGUGCUGGUCUAGCACAGCAGUGGGUGGAAAGUACUGAGGAUGAAAGUGAUCUUGGAGGGGCUUGUUAACGGCUGGAAAUCCAUUAAAGUCAAUGUCAUGUCUUUGUGGGGCACCAAGCCUGCUUUUAUUGGCUUUCCACAGAGCACAAUGUCAAACUGGAAAUCUCCCUUCUCCUCUUCAGUGUUUCCAAUGAUAAUGGGCUUCAGUGCAUACACCACGGGCAUUUCAUGCUCUGGAGCAGUAACACUGGAAUAUGUUCUGCUUCUGGAUGUGACAGAGUAGUCUAACAGAGAGGUACCACUUCAGGAAUGUGUUGAGGGGACAGCAGGACCUGCACAUUAUCUGCAACCUAUAUGCAGCUGCUUCCAGAUACAAGGAGGCCUGGGAGAAGAGGUGUCAAGUGAAAAUGCCACUUCAACCAACCACAGUGACAAAGCAGUUAAAAAGGACGGCAGGCAGAACACAACGCUUGCAAGGAGCCCGAAGAGGGAGGAAUCCAAAGAUGAGUCUGGGAUGGAUACACACUCCUCUCCCAGAGCGCGCAGGGCAACCACGUCCAGGGCUGAGAGGAUCUGGCCAGGGGGGGUCAUCCCCUAUGUGAUCGGAGGAAAUUUCACUGGAACCCAAAGAGCUGUCUUUAAGCAAGCAAUGAGGCACUGGGAGAAGCACACUUGUGUGACCUUUGUGGAGAGAACUGAUGAAGAGAGCUUCAUUGUGUUCACGUACAGGACAUGUGGGUGUUGCUCCUACGUGGGUCGCCGGGGAGGGGGCCCUCAGGCAAUAUCCAUUGGAAAGAACUGUGACAAGUUUGGUAUUGUGGCUCAUGAGCUGGGGCAUGUGGUGGGUUUCUGGCAUGAGCACACACGGCCUGACAGGGACCAGCAUGUCACUAUCAUCAGAGAGAACAUACAGCAAGGUCAGGAGUACAACUUUUUAAAGAUGGAAGCUGGGGAAGUCAACUCACUUGGAGAGACCUAUGACUUUGACAGCAUCAUGCACUAUGCUAGGAACACGUUUUCCAGAGGAGUUUUCCUCGACACCAUCCUUCCCCGUCGCGAUGACAAUGGGGUCCGGCCAACUAUCGGCCAGCGCGUGCGCCUGAGCCAGGGGGACAUCGCCCAGGCAAGGAAGCUGUACAAAUGCCCAGCUUGUGGAGAGACCUUGCAAGAUUCAACAGGUAAUUUCUCAGCCCCUGGCUUUCCAAAUGGCUACCCCUCCUAUUCCCACUGUGUCUGGAGGAUCUCGGUGACCCCAGGGGAGAAGAUUAUGUUGAAUUUCACAUCAAUGGAUUUAUUUAAAAGUCGCCUUUGCUGGUAUGAUUAUGUGGAGGUGCGUGAUGGCUACUGGAGGAAGGCUCCGUUGUUGGGUAGAUUUUGUGGUGACAAGAUUCCUGAACCAGUAAUCUCUACAGACAGCAGGCUGUGGAUCGAGUUCCGGAGCAGCAGCAACAUCCUGGGCAAAGGCUUCUUUGCGGUCUAUGAAGCUAUUUGUGGUGGAGAAAUACACAAAGAUGCUGGCCAGAUCCAAUCUCCCAAUUACCCAGAUGACUACAGACCUUCCAAAGAGUGUGUCUGGAAGAUCACAGUUUCUGAGGGUUUUCACAUAGGAAUCACAUUUCAAGCCUUUGAGAUUGAGUGGCACGAUGCAUGUUCCUACGACUACCUGGAGAUCCGAGAUGGCCUCACUGAACAGAGCCCGCUCAUCGGCCACUUCUGUGGCUACGAGAAGCCAGAAGACAUCAAAUCCAGCUCAAACAAAGUGUGGAUGAAGUUCGCAUCUGAUGCAACCAUCAAUAAAGCAGGCUUUGCAGCAAAUUUCUUUAAAGAGAUGGAUGAAUGUUCUCUGCCGGACAAUGGUGGGUGUGAGCAGCACUGUGAGAACACACUGGGCAGUUACAAAUGCACCUGUGAGCCUGGCUACGAGCUUACAGCUGAUAAAAAGAGCUGUGAAGCUGCCUGUGGGGGCUUCAUCACCAAGCUCAAUGGGACCAUUACUAGCCCUGGAUGGCCCAAGGAAUAUCCUACUAACAAAAACUGCGUCUGGCAGGUGGUAGCUCCAGCCCAGUACCGGAUCUCUCUGCAGUUCGAAGUGUUUGAGCUGGAAGGCAAUGAUGUCUGUAAAUAUGACUAUGUUGAGGUUCGUAGUGAGCUGGCUUCUGAUUCCAAGCUACAUGGCAAAUUUUGUGGCUCAGAGAAGCCUGAGGUAAUCACAUCAUACGGCAACAACAUGAGGCUGGAGUUCAAAUCAGACAACACAGUCUCCAAGAAAGGCUUUAAAGUUCACUACUUCUCUGACAAGGAUGAAUGCUCCAAAGACAAUGGUGGUUGCCAGCACGAAUGUAUCAACACCUUUGGGAGCUAUAUGUGCCAGUGCAGAAAUGGCUUUGUGCUGCAUGAAAACAGCCAUGACUGUAAAGAAGCUGGUUGUGAGCACAAGCUGAGUGGUGCAGAGGGAAUGAUGAGCAGUCCCAACUGGCCUGACAAGUAUCCCAGCCGGAAAGAGUGCACCUGGGACAUCUCUGCCACACCUGGCCACCGAGUGAAAGUAACCUUCAAUGAGUUUGAGAUUGAGCAGCACCAAGAAUGUGCCUAUGACCACUUAGAAAUGUAUGAUGGGCCCAACAGCAAGUCACCUAUCCUUGGCCGCUUCUGUGGCAGCAAGAAACCAGACCCUGUAGUGGCUUCUACCAACAAGAUGUUCCUCAGGUUUUACUCUGAUGCUUCUGUGCAAAGGAGAGGUUUCCAGGCAAAGCACAGCACAGAGUGUGGUGGGCUCUUAAAGGCUGAAGUACAAGCUAAGGAUCUGUAUUCCCAUGCUCAGUUUGGGGACAACAACUACCCAGGUCAAGCCAACUGUGAAUGGGUGAUUGUAGCUGAAGAUGGUUAUGGGGUGGAGCUAAUAUUCCAGAUAUUCGAGAUAGAGGAGGAGGCUGACUGUGGGUACGACUACAUGGAGAUUUACGAUGGUUAUGACAGCACUGCCCCCCGUCUGGGACGCUUCUGUGGCUCGGGGCCUCUGGAAGAAAUCUACUCUGCAGGGGAUUCCAUUAUGAUUCGAUUCCAUACAGAUGACACCAUCAACAAGAAAGGAUUUCAUGCCCAAUACAUAAGUACCAAAUUUCAGGAUGCAUUGCACAUGAGAAAAUAGUUUGACUGCUCCUCACAGAUAUUCCCCGUCUGAAGAUUGAGACAUUUAACUGUGAUCUUUGUCUUUUUUUUUUUUUUUAAGCUUCUGUGCACUUGGCCAAAAGCAGUGUACAUUAUUUUCUGUAACUAAAACUAAAUCCAGUCUCAAAGGUUUGCCUCUGCAAUUAUUAGCAUGACCCUUUCUUGUUAACCUACCCAGGACCAAAAAAUUGUCUUUUAAUAAUACCUGCCAGGGCAUAAACAUUGUAUUUUGCACAACUUGCCAAGACUGAACUUGAAUUGAGAAUAGCCUUCGUCUCUUGCAUAUCUUGUUUCUAGGUGGCAAUUCCCAAGCAUGCACAUGAGCUGUCUCAACGUAUUUUCUGGAGCAAGUGUUUUGGACAGACAUCCAGUAGGAUUUUUUCAAAGGACUUUGUGAGCCAUGUACACCUGCCCCAACUAUUCUGUGCAAUAAGAGAACAACCAGAUGGCUGUGCCUGCAUCACUCUUUCUGUCCUCUCUAUUAUUGUCUUGCUUCUUGUUGAGUUGAGAGCAAGGCAGGGGACAGGGACAGUCUCUUCUAGCUACAUGGAUUCCAGGGAAUGAGGACGACCCAGUAUUUGGUUUGUAGUAAUUGUCAUGGUAUAUGUUGAAUAGAAGUACUUCAAUGCAGUGCCCAAGGCAAGGGUGGUGGCUGACACGGAAAUGUUGUGGUGGGAUGCAAGGCAAAGCUGUGUGAUGGUGGCAAAGCUUAGUAACAGGAGUGUUGACAGAAUGCUCUGGUUACACCACCGUGCAAGGCAGCUCAGAGGGCUGUGGCAGCAGUCCAGGCCCUGUCUUAAGUAAGGAAUCUCCCCUUCUCACUCCACCCAUGC